AUGAAAACCGAAUGGAAUUACCUUCCCUCUACUAUUAGUGAAUUUGAAUCAAAGAUCAUUUCUCUAAUUGAGGAUUAUGAAACUGAAGGAGUGUUUAGAGACUCCUUUUAUGGAAAACUGAUGGGGCGAGUUAACAUGGAUCAGUUGCAGAAAUUUCAUGCCCUCGCCAAAGAUCAGGAUCUUACGACCGACUUAUUAGACCGGGUGAUGGAGGCUUCUGUUGCUAUGACUAUUCUUGAUACGGUGGUCCAAACACCGGCUAGAGUUACUGCCCCGACCUUAAUUGCAACUUUUCAUACCCCAAAUUUUACCUAUUGA